UACAAGUAUUUAUAUAAUAUUAUUGACAUUAUCAUAAUAAUAUUGGGAUAUUAUUCCCUGUCAGGUUUAUCUGUCCAUUUUCCCCCGAUGCUUUUAUUGUGAAGAGUUCCGGGUAGCCGCUGUGUCUGUUACCGGUUGGUCCGACAUUAAUCCGCCGAUAGCUUCCUUCCUCCCGGUUUCACGGACACUUUCGGUCGGUACCGACAUGAUGAAGCUCGACGUGCUGCGGCUGUUCGUAGAGCAGCGACUCUCCGCCGUUACCGACGACAUCUUCCGCCGUUUGGCCCGAACCAUCACCGAAUAUGACCGAGAGGUGUCCCGAUUAAAGCAAGAGAUCGACCGACAGCGGAGACUCCUGGAGGACAGAGCCCUGGACAGACCGAGGGACACAACGGAGGAGAGCGCCCAGGGUGUUCUGCAGGUGAGGGGGCAGAGCCUUGGUGUGCACAUUAAACAGGAAGAGAGCGGAGCCUCAGGAGCAGAGGAGCUGGGUGCUAAGUUCACACCGAGUCCUGAUUGGCUGAGGGAGACACCUGAAACCGACCAGAGUCCUUCGUCCAAUCAGAUCCAGUCCUGCGGGAAGGAGGUUGGGCGUUUCACCGCAGAGGAGGAGCAGCAGGUGAGGGGGUGGGGCUUCAGUCUGCACAUCAAACAGGAAGAGGGCGGAUCCUCGGCACUAGAGGAGACAGAUGCCAAGUUCGCACCGAUUCCUGAUUGGCUGACGGAGUGCAAUGAUGAUAAUGGAAGUCCUUGUUCCAAUCGCAGGCAGCCCCCCAGAGAGGACAGCUGUCUGAUGAGACCUGCACCUGAAGGGAUUUGCACACCUGCAGACCACAACCAGAGCUCUGCUGUCCAAUCAGAGUCCUCAACUGAGGACAGCGACAACACUCAGUCUGAACCAGCUCCCCAGGGGACUCGGGGGACUCGGCCUCCUGUGGACCAGAGGCUUCUGGUCUGUGGCAGCUGUGGACGAGAGUUCAGCUCAAAGCGGACUCUGAGGAAACACAUUAGACGAAACACGUCCCAGGACCAGGACAGGAUGUCCUGCAGCCUGCGGAGACAGAUGGCGCCCUUCCAGAGUCCUGCCAAGUCCUUCAGCUGCCGAGUCUGUGGCAGUUCCUUCUACACACAGGGCAUCCUGGUCCGCCACGCGGAGAACCACUGCAAGGAGCCCGAGAACCGGUGUGGGGCCUGCGGGGACCAUCUGGAGUCCACUGAGACCCUGAGAGACCACCUGAGGUCUCACAAAGAGGUGGGCAGCACCUGUGAUGUGUGUGGUAGGAAGUGCAGCUCCAUCAGGAGGAUGGAGAUACACAAACGGGUCCACACCGGUGAGAAGCCGUACCGCUGCGGAUUCUGUGGACGGGACUUCAGCAGAAAGGAGAGUUUGGAGAGACACUUGAAGGUCCACAGUGGGGACAGACUUCACUACUGUGGACUCUGCAGGAGGACGUUCACCAGGAGAGAGUACCUGGUCCAACACCUGGAGACAGACCACAUGGAGAGACCGGGUCCACCUGCGGGGACAGAGUGGACGGAGAGGACUGAGACGUUCGCUGUGAUGACGUCCAUCUGAAAAUGAGACAAUGAUUCAUGAAUUAAAAAUCACUUCCUUAUAUUUCAUUAUUUAAUCAGUGACAUCAUCAUUACAUUAUCAUAAUCCUGCAGCUGAUUGGUUAUUGAUUGUGUCAGUUUACAAUAAAGAGACGGACAUU